UAAUCGGUGCGCAUCAAUCAAUGAAAGAGCAAAAGCGCAAUAUAGCCGCAUACACACACAUACAAGCACACAUAUGUAUGUACAUAUAUGGAUGCAUGAUACAGGCUUUGCCACAUACAUACAAAGCUUGAGAUUUAGUUGCAAAGGCUAAAACAUUUUUUUUAUAAACAAACAUACACACAUAUAUAUAUGUACAUACUUAUGUAUGCACAUCUCCAUAAUUUCCAUAUUUGCCAUUCAGUCUGUCUGCGCCUCUCCAGUUAGUCUAAUCACUUUGUAAUCGGUAGCUGAAGCCCUACAACUGCAUGCGCAAAUUCCAAUCGCAACUCAAUGCCCAACUACUCCGGCUUAGUAGUUGCCCGGACGGUGGCGAGUGCAGCAUUGCGUCGGUGCUCUGUCUAUUAAGCAAACAAAUCGAAGUGGUCAUUUUGAGCAAUCAGUGUUUUUCUUUCGAAAGUCUUAAAUAAAGAAAUUGAUUUUUAUUUCUUGGCACUUCCAUCUCCUCACUUUAGCCGUUUUUUUUGGUAUUUUUAAAUCAAGUAAAUAAGUGUUCAAAAGUACUUUUCGCUUUUCACCGUUAAAUUAUUUUCUGAUGUGCCGACAUGGCAGAAGAAACCACACCGUUAACCGCUGGAAUGUCGCCGCCCAUUGGGCCUGCAUAUGUCUUCCCAGGCGGUGUGUCGCCACGAUCGCGGCGUAAUCGGAAAAUGCAACAAUUUCAGUGUUGUCUAGGCAUAACCGUUGUACUAAUUAUUAUUGCUGCCUUACUUGCCGCAUAUGUGCUUGUCGAAGAAACCCAAGAGCCCUCACCGCCCAUACUUCUCGUGGCAGCGACAAUAAAUGAUACCAAUCCCUCAAAGAAAAAUGCGGAAGCAAGCGCCGCACUUGAAGCCGCAACAACGCCGUUGUCCGAUGAACCGACUACAGAAUGGGCGCUAAAGCAGGCGCACAUAAGCCACACACAAAGCGAGCAAGCGGUGAAUGCCGGUAUCAAAGCAUUAGGUGACCGUGAAAUUUUAGAGGAGAGUCAACAGCUGACGCCGGUACACAGUGCCGCCUUCCGACAUUACCGUUCGCUGAGCACAGGGCCAGAGGCGCGCAAGUUGUCACGUCGUGGCUAUGUGGAGAAUCAAGCCACUAAGCAUAUUGCGGAAAUGUUGAAUUAUACGAAACCGAGUGGACGAAACAAUAUCGGUAAUGGGCCGACAAUUACGUUGCCCGAUCCGACAAUGAACUUCACAUGCGAUUUCAAUGCACGCUAUCGGACGGCCAGCGGUGUAUGCAACAAUAAAGCGCAUCCUCGGUUGUACGGCGCGGCUAUGAUUCCCUACAGACGCAUGGUGGCGCCCGAUUAUGCGGAUGGUAUUUCAUUGCCGCGCGUUAGUCACGCUGGCAAUGGUACACAGCUGCCGCCGGCACGCAAAGUAUCCUUGGAUAUACAUCGCGCUUCCUAUAAUACCGAUACAAAUUUUACGGUUAUGUUGGCAGUUUUUGGACAAUUCCUAGAUCAUGACAUAACAGCCACUUCGCUGUCAUCCUUGCCGGAGGGUGAGUCGAUCGAUUGUUGUGCAGUGACUUCGUUAACUAUGCAUCCGGAGUGUUUUCCAGUGCCUAUAUUGCCGGAUGAUCCGUAUUAUCAGCGUUACAAUGUAACUUGCUUGAAUUUUGUGCGUUCUACGCCAGCGCCGACCGGACAUUUCGGACCACGUCAACAGCUCAACCAAGCAACAGCCUUCAUCGAUGCCUCGGUAGUAUAUGGCAGCUCGGAGCAAAGACAACGCCAUUUGCGAACGAUGUUGAACGGUACAAUGCGUAUGUAUAUCACCGACGAUGGUAGGGAGCUGUUGCCGUUAUCUACAAAUUUGGAAGAUGGGUGCAAUCGCGGCGAAAUGGCCAGAGAGGGCAAGUAUUGCUUUGAGUCUGGUGACGACCGCGCUAAUGAGAAUUUGCUUCUCACCUCCAUGCAUUUGCUAUGGGCACGUCAUCAUAAUUAUUUGGCACGAGGCCUGCAAGCAGUAAAUCCUCAUUGGGAUGACGAGACAAUCUUUCAGGAAUCGCGAAAAAUUCUAAGCGCUAAAAUUGCACACAUAACUUACAAUGAGUUCUUGCCUAUUCUGGUUGGACCGAAGUUGGCCAAGAGAAAGGGUCUAUUACCGAGCACAGACGACUUGGACGCGCCGGACACUUACAAUAAAAACGUAGAUCCAAGUAUAGCGAAUUGCUUUGCCGGUGCUGCUUUCAGAUUUGCUCACACGCUUUUGCCGGGCGUACUUAAUGCAACCAAUGACCGCAGCGUGCCGGAAUCUAUUGAGUUGCAUACAAUGCUCUUUAAUCCCUUCUCACUUUGGUCGGCACACGGCAUAGAUCGUGCGCUCACCACCGCUAGCAAUACUGCUGUACUGCGUGUCAAUCGUUUCUUCUCAUAUGAAGUAACACAGAAACUAUUCGAAAGCAAUGACGGCGACGGAUCGAUAAAACCAAAUUGUGGGCUUGAUCUUGUUUCGUUGAACAUACAGCGUGGACGUGAUCAUGGACUACCCGCCUAUCCUGUAUUCCGCAAACAUUGUAAACUGCCACCGACGGAUACGUGGGAGGAAAUGGCAACUGCAGUGGAUGCCAAAUCUUUGCAGUCAAUACGACAAAUCUACAGUUCACCCCAUGAUGUUGACGUUUACACGGGUGCUUUGAGUGAACCUCCACUCGAUGGUGCCAUCUUUGGAUCAUUACUCACGUGUUUAGUAUCGGAUCAAUUUAUGAGGCUGAAGAGAGGAGACUCCCAUUGGUAUGAACGGAAGAUGGGGCCACAGCGUUUCACGAAAGCUCAACUUGAGGAAAUCUACAAAGUCACUUUAUCAAAGAUCAUCUGUCUUAAUUCCGAUGGCGUACAACAGGUGAGGACAUACGUAAUGGAGCAGCGCAAGGGCGAAGGAAAUGGUUAUGUUAAUUGUAGUGAGGCCGAGCGAUUUAACUUUAGCGCUUGGGCUACAUCGUCACGCCCAGUGAAAUUACACAGCGUCGCCGUUAGUGAAGCGAAAAGUUUGAUACGUAUUAUUCAUGGGAAGACAACUUCAACAACAACGAAAACAACAACAACAACAACAACAAAAACAACAACAACAACAACAACAACAACAACAACACCAAGGACGGAACCGAGUGCGCAAACUGGCAAUAAUGUUUGAGAUUAAAAUAUUUUUAAUUUUUUUUUUUUACUGAGGAUUUUUAUUAUGCUCAUAUAACACAUGUAUAUGCAUGUAUUUCAUAUAAGAUUUUGUAAUUAGAAUAUUAAGCAAACUACAUACAUACAUACAUAUGUUCUACUUACAUAUUUUUAUUUAUAGUCUAUUUUCUAAUGCAACAAUAAAUACACGGUGUGUAGUGAAUUCCCAUUAAAU